CAUGGGCUAUUUUUAGGGGUUGACUGGUAGCUGAUAAGUGUUGAGCUCGGGCUGGAUAAGGGCUCAGAGUGGCACUGAGUGUGGCUGUAUCAGCGAGGCGGGAGUGGAGGUGCGCGGACUCAGCGAGACAGUCAGGACAGCAGUCGAGUCCGAACUGCAGAUCUGAUUUUCUUUUCCAUUUUCUCACCAACUGCCCAGAGCUAGCGCCUGUGAUUCCCGGGCUGGUGUCUUGGGGGGAGCGUCCGAAGAGCCCCUUCUCCAGCCGACCCCAAGAGGAGAGCCCCACAGCCCGGGCGCCGCUGACAGCGCGGAGAGCGGCGACUGUCCCCGAGGGGAAGUCUGGCGAGCCGCUGCAACGGCAAAGAACUUUCCUGGCCAGGAGGACAAGGGACAAGUAGCCUCUGAGUCCCGGAGCGAACUUUUGCAAAGCUUCCCUCCGCCCCAGGCUGCCGCGGCGGCGGAGAGAGGAGGGACGUGCGCUCGCACCGGUGGCUGAACUUGGGCGAGCGCGAGCCUCGGCCGCCGGGCGCCCCCUCCCCCUCGCAGCGGAGGAGGGGACAGUGGUAGGAGUCCGGGCGGCGGAGACCCGCCGCCGACCGGCCCCUGCGGAGUCCGCGCUGAGUGCCGCCGCCGGGAGAGCCUCUUGUCGCCGGGAAGCGAGUUAGUCCGCGGGCUCCGAGGAGCCGCUGCGCAGAGGAGCGCUCAGUGAGUGACCGCGACUUUUUAAAGCCGGCAGCGCGCGAGAGCCGACAAGUAAGAGUGCGGGCGGCGGCUUAACCCUGCGUUCCCUGGAGCGCGCUGGUGAAGAGGGCGCAAGGGGGAGGACAGCCAGUGGGUGCGCGCGCUGUUAGCUCAACUUUGCUUGCCAGAGGCCCGGGGAGGCGCGGGUGUCCCCCGCUUGCCAGCGAGCUGUUGCGGCCCCGAAACUUCUGCGCGCCGCCCAAACUCACCCCACGUGAAGUGACGGACUGUUCUAUGACUGCAAAGAUGGAAACGACCUUCUAUGACGAUGCCCUCAACGCCUCGUUCCUCCAGUCCGAGAGCGGCGCCUACGGCUACAGUAACCCCAAGAUCCUCAAACAGAGCAUGACCCUGAACCUGGCCGACCCGGUGGGCAGCCUGAAGCCGCACCUCCGGGCCAAGAACUCGGACCUCCUCACCUCGCCGGACGUGGGGCUGCUCAAACUGGCGUCGCCCGAGCUGGAGCGCCUGAUCAUCCAGUCCAGCAACGGGCACAUCACCACCACGCCGACCCCCACCCAGUUCCUGUGCCCCAAGAACGUGACGGACGAGCAGGAGGGCUUCGCGGAGGGCUUCGUGCGCGCCCUGGCCGAACUGCACAGCCAGAACACACUGCCCAGCGUCACGUCCGCGGCGCAGCCUGUCAGCGGGGCGGGCAUGGUGGCUCCCGCGGUGGCUUCCGUGGCGGGCGGCAGCGGCGGCAGCGGCUUCAGCGCCAGCCUGCAUAACGAGCCGCCGGUCUACGCCAACCUCAGCAACUUCAACCCGGGCGCGCUGAGUAGCGGCGGCGGGGCGCCCUCCUACGGCGCGGCCGGCCUGGCCUUUCCCGCGCAGCCCCAGCAGCAGCAGCAGCCACCGCAGCCGCCGCACCACCUUCCCCAGCAGAUCCCGGUGCAGCACCCGCGGCUGCAGGCCCUGAAGGAGGAGCCCCAGACGGUGCCCGAGAUGCCCGGGGAAACGCCUCCCCUGUCACCCAUCGAUAUGGAGUCCCAGGAGCGGAUCAAGGCGGAGAGAAAGCGCAUGAGGAACCGCAUCGCUGCCUCCAAGUGCCGGAAAAGGAAGCUGGAGAGGAUCGCCCGGCUGGAGGAAAAAGUGAAAACCUUGAAAGCGCAGAACUCGGAGCUGGCGUCCACGGCCAAUAUGCUCAGGGAACAGGUGGCACAACUUAAACAGAAAGUCAUGAACCACGUUAACAGUGGGUGCCAACUCAUGCUAACGCAGCAGUUGCAAACGUUUUGAGGCGAGACUGUCGGGGGCUGAGGGGCAACGGAGAAAAAAAUUACCGAGAGACAGACUUGAGAACUUGACAAGUUGUGAGAGAGAAAAAAAGAAGUGUCGGAGGACUAAAGCCAAGGGUAUCCAAGUUGGACUGGGUUGCGUCCUGACGGCGCCCCCAGUGUGCACGAGUGGGAAGGACUUGGCGCGCCCUCCCUUGGCGUGGAGCCAGGGAACGGGCGCCUGCGGGCUGCCCCGCUUUACGGACGGGCUGUCCCAGCGCAAACAGAGCGUUAGACUUUUCUUUAACAUUGACCAAGAACUGCAUGGACCUAACAUUCGAUCUCAUUCAGUAUUAAAAGGGGGGAGGGGGAGGGGUUACAAACUGCAAUAGAGACUGUAGAUUGCUUCUGUAGUACUCCUUAAGCAUACAAAGGGGGGAGGGGUUAGGGAGGGGAGGCGGGAGGGAGGUUUGUGAGAGCGAGGCUGAGCCUACCGAUGAACUCUUUUCUGGCCUGCCUUCCUUAACUGUGUAUGUACAUAUAUAUAUAUUUUUUAAUUUGAUGAAAGCUGAUUACUGUCAAUAAACAGCUUCAUGCCUUUGUAAGUUAUUUCAUGUUUGUUUGUUUGGGUGUCUUGCCCAGUGUUAUUUGUAAAUAAGAGAUUUGGAGCACUCUGAGUUUACCAUUUGUAAUAAAGUAUAUAAUUUUUUUAUGUUUUGUUUCUGAAAAUUCCAGAAAGGAUAUUUAAGAAAAUAAAAUAUUGAAAAAGUACCCCUCCCCCAACCUCUUUUCUGCAUUAUCUAUAGAUUACCUAUCUAGGUGGAGUUGAAAGAGUUAAAGAGUGUCCCUUAGAAUCACUCAGUGCUUCUUACUAUCAAGCAGUAAAAACUGUUCUUCACCGGGCUUGAGAAAUAACUGUAGCUGAUGUUCUCAUCAAGUUAUACUCUUCCCUCCUCCACUAUCUAUACAGAGUUGCUUACAAAGGGUAGUGUGGCCUUUCAGGAGGCUGAGGGAAGGGAGGUUGUGGUGAAGAGGGAUAGCCCACUGGAAGUCAAACACUUUAAAGUUUGGAUUAUAUCAAGUGGCAUGUGCUGUGACCAUUUAUAAUGUUAGCAGAAAUUUAACAAUGGAUGCUUAAGCUCAAAGCAAGAAUAGUGGCAGAAUUUUACAAAAGAUGUACCCUUCCAAUUUGGAAUCUUCACUUGACCAAUUCCUAGAUUUAAAAAGAUGGUCUUUGCUUAUGAAUAUAACAGCAUUCUUGUCACAAUAAAGGUAUUCAAAUACCAA